AUGUUUGCGGAUGAUCUUCUAAUCUUUUGCAAAGGAAAUUUGGAAUCAGUUGUAGGAGUCAAUACUGUUUUAGACAAAUUCUAUGAAAUGUCUGGCCUCAAGCUUAAUGCGGCCAAAUGCGAAUUCUAUGCUUCUGGUAUCUCUACUAAUAUCCUGGAGUUCAUCACCAAAGCUACGGGGUUCAAGCAAGGAUGCCUUCCUGUGAGAUACCUAGGAGUCCCUUUGGUCACAAGGAAACUCUCUGAAAAGGACUGUGUUGUUCUCAUUGACAAUAUCAAAUCCAGGCUUUACCACUGGUCAGGUAAACUCUUGUCUUAUGCAGGAAGACUCGAACUUAUAAGAGCGGUCUUGUUCAGUGUUGCUAACUACUGGUGCAGACAACUUUUUCUUCCUCAAUCUAUCAUUAAGAAGAUUGAGCAACUCUGUUCUCGAUUUUUUUGGAAAGGUUCUGAUAAAGCGGCUACCGGAGCUAGAGUAAGUUGGGAAACGAUAUGCAAACCAAAACAUGAAGGCGGGCUUGGGUUAAAGGACUUAAAAACGUGGAAUAAGGCAUGUAUGAUCCAGCUAAUUCGAAGUAUCCUAGCAGGUGAAGGCUCAUUGUGGGUUGCUUGGAUAAAUAACUAUGUCCUCAACGAUAAAGACUUCUCGCUCAUCGAUAGUGGUACAAACACCAGCUGGAGCUUCAGGAAAUUACUCAAACUUAGGCGAGAAGCCAACGCUGUAUACUCUACCGGAGCAACAUCAAUUCGUGCAAUUUGGGAAGUGACAAGAGUUAAGCGAGACAAAGUUCUCUGGCAUAAUCUGAUAUGGUUUCCUCUCCACAUUCCUAAACAUAGCAUGAUCGCUUGGAUGGCUAUCUUGGACAGACUUCCUACUAAAGUCAGACUACAACAUAUGGGUAUUGUUACAGAUGGUUUAUGUGUUUUAUGUAAUGAGUCUCAGGAAACAAGAGAUCACAUGUUCAUAGAAUGCCCACUUGCAAGCUCUGUCUGA